GCAGCCUUGGACCAUUUAUAAUGGAUUUGAGCAAUGAAGUAAGUGCUAGUGAGCUACUUCAAGCUCAAGCCCAUAUAUGGAAUCAUGCUUUCAAUUUCAUAAAUUCAAUGUCACUUAAAUGUGCAAUUCAAUUAGGCAUACCAGAUAUCAUCCACAACCAUGGCCAACCCAUGUCUCUUUCCAAGCUUGUCUCUGCACUUAAUGUCCACCCUACCAAAUCUCACUGCGUCUACCGCCUUAUGCGCAUCCUAGUUCAUUCUGGCUUCUUUGCUAAACAAAAAUUUGAUGAAAGUGAGCAAGAAGAAGAGUAUUCUCUUACUCUUACUUCCCGCCUUCUCCUAAAAGAUGAGCCCUUGAGUGCAGCACCGUUUUUUCUUGUCCAAGUCGAUCCCAUAUUGACUAGCACUUGGGAUUUCUUGGGUACUUGGCUCAGAAACAAUGAUCCCACCCCAUUUGAAAUUACACACGGGAUGACAUUUUGGGAUUGUGUGGCUCAUGAACCAAGGUUCACAAACAUGUUUUAUAAUGCCAUGCUUAGUGACUCUGAGUUGAUCGCGAGGGUUCUGAUCAAAGAGUGUAAAUGGGUGUUCAAGGGAUUAAAGUCCUUGGUGGAUGUAGGGGCUGGCACAGGAACUAUGGCUAUUGCCAUUUCAAACGAGUUCCCUGACAUUCAGUGUACUGUGUUUGAUGUUCCACAUGUUGUAGCUAACAUGCAGGGGACCAAGAACUUGGACUUUAUUGGAGGGGACAUGUUUGAGGCAAUACCUCCAGCAAAUGCAAUUUUACUCAAGUGGAUUCUGCAUGACUGGAGCGACGAAGAGUGUGUAAAGAUAUUGAAGCAAUGUAGAGAAGCAAUUUUGAGCAAAAACAAGGAAGGGAAGGUGAUAAUCAUAGACAUGGUCCUUGAAAUCCAGGAAAUGGACAAGGAGUCAACCGAAACACAAUUAUGCUUUGAUCUGGUGAUGAUGGUCUACCUGACAGGCAAAGAACGUAACGAAAAAGAAUGGAAGAAGCUCUUCUUGGCUGCUGGCUUCAGCCACUAUAAGAUAACUCCUAUUAUGGGUCUGAGGUCUCUCAUUGAGGUUUACCCUUGAGUCUUGUCAACAACGGGGUAGUGGUAAUGUAUUUGCAAUCCCAAUUACUAUGUAUUAUGAAUAAAUGAUGAUGUUUCUCCCAUCUCUAUUUGCAAGUGUUUCCCUAUGUAAAUUUUCUUUCGCCUCUCGUUAAGAAGUGAUAAUUUCAUUUCAUUUAAAUUCUAUGUACAACAUCUCAUUGUAUCUA